AUGAAAGAGAUUUGUCGAAACUUCCAGCGAGGCAGCUGUCAAUAUGGAGAAAGGUGUAGAUAUUUACAUGCCAACCAACAGCGAAAACCUAACGUUCAAGGUUUUGGAGGACAGAGCGCUUCUCACCAACAGCAAAGUACAAAUCCUUUUGGAUUUGGGUCUGGCUCUCGCUCUAGCUUUGGCUCACAACAACCGCAGAAGUCUAAUUCUUUUGGUUUUGGCGCGCAGAACAGCUCCCACUUAAAUGGGGGGCCUCAUUCUGAGUAUAAACCGAACCAAUACAAGCCUUUUGAAAACAAAUGGAGUCGACAGUCGUCCAAACCCCAAAAUGGUGGGAAAUCUGAUAACAACCCCCAACCAGUGGAUCAUAAAUGCACAGAUCCUGAGAUCUGCAAGCGCCAGAUUGCAGAAGAUUUCGAGAAAGAAAAACCAAUUUGGAUACUUACAUGCUACAGUCAUUGCAAAGGUGCUCCUUGUGACAUUGUUGGUGAUAUUAGCUUUGAAGAAUUGCGGGCAUCAGCUUAUGAGGAUGCUAAACGUGGGAUGAGCUUGCAAUCAAUAGUAAGAAAUCUGAUAAGAGCUUCCUUUAUUAUGUCUUUUUUGUUGACAUUUGUUGAAAAAGAGAGAAAUAUACUAAAAUCCAAGAUGGUUGAAUUUGAGAAACUACUUUCUGAACCUUACCAAAAACCAAUAAAUUCUUCUCUUGACAGUCAAAGACCCCAAUCUAUUGGAGCCAAUGCAAAUCUGUUUUCAGGAACAUCUCAAAGUAAUGGUCCUUUGUCAGUCUCAAGUUUUAGCCAACUGGGUACUUCAAUGAGCAUGGGAUUUGGAAGAACUCCUAAUGACCUAAGUCUUGAAAAUUUAGUGUCUCAAAACUUUCCUAUGGUGGCUGAGUGGUUUACAUUGGUAUCACUUGUAGAAUUGGGUGAUUCGAAGCCACCUGCACCACCAAUAAACACUCUGGCACAGCCUAGUUUCUUUGGAAGUGGAGGAAACUCUUUGGCAUCCAACACAGCAAACCUAAACAGCAGUGGCACCUUUGGAGUUCAAAGCAGCCCCCAUUCUACACCACUGGAUUUGACAAUGUUUCCAGGUUCAACUCAGCAAACAUCAGCAGCAUUCAAUAACUCUGGUCCUACUACAUUGUUUCAAACAACAUCAAAUGUCCAGUUGCCAAAUGAGUUACAAGUGGAGAAUGUAUCAGGAGAUGUCAGUAUUUGGCUAAAAGAGAAAUGGAACCCGGGAGAGAAGCAGGACAAAAUCCUCCUUAGGAUUCCAGAAGAAGCUCCUCCUGAUUCAUUUGUACGGUAG